GUUUUUUUUUCAUAUACACAUAUAUACGUAAUAUUAUAUUGACAUGUUUACGAAAAAUUUAAGAGGCAAAUAUAAUAUAGCGAUACAAUUUUAUUAAGGUCGAUCAAGUUGUACUUUUGUUGUGCUGAGUCCAAUUUCUUUUCGAUAACACUUGGCCGUUGGUCAAUAGAUUACGUCCGAACUAUAUAAUUGUUUUUAUCUAAAUACAAAACGAAUACCUAAUUGUUCUAAUCAGUCUUAUGCAUUCAAUUAUACGUUAAAUGUUUUGAUAUUUCAUUACAUGCAAAAUUAGAAAACAGUCUUGGUGUCCGUAUUGUUUUACUUGAUUAUUUAAAAGCUAGUUGUGUUUGUAUUUUUAAAUAAAAAAUAAAAAAUGUCGCUGCAAAGACUAAGUAAAUUUGUUAGAUGUUCGGAAAACUACAAUUUAUGCCGUUAUGUCAAGUCACAAUUAGAAUUUUCCCCAUUUUUGAGGUUGUCUGUGAAAUCAACGAACUUUUCCGCCGUCCAAAAUAUGUCGUCGAAUCAGAAGGUAUUAAAUUUAGACAAUAUGAAUCCCAACGUAAGGAUAAUGGAAUAUGCAGUCCGGGGACCGUUAUUGAUAAGAGCUACAGAAAUUGAAAAUGAAUUGAAGAAGGGUGUUGAAAAACCUUUUAAAGAAGUGCUUAAAGCAAAUAUUGGUGAUUGUCAUGCAAUGGGACAAAAGCCAAUUACAUUCAUACGCCAGGUUUUAGCUUUGGUAUCUCAACCAGAUCUGUUAGAUGAUGAUAAAUAUCCCGAGGAUGUUAAAGAACGUGCAAGAACUAUAUUAGAUGGAUGCCGUGGUGGAAGUGUUGGGUCAUAUACUGAUUCUCCAGGAAUAGAAAUAAUAAGAAAACAUGUUGCCCAAUAUAUUGAACGUCGAGAUGGUAUUCCUUGUGAUUAUUUAAAUGUCCUACUGUGUGCUGGUGCAUCAGAUGGAAUAAAAUCUAUUUUACGAUUAUUGGUUGCUGAUGUUGAUGGAAAAAAACCUGGUGUUUUAAUUCCUAUUCCACAAUAUCCAUUAUAUUCUGCUACAUUAGCAGAGUUUAAUGUAAAACAGGUUGGAUACUUUUUAGAUGAAAAUAAAAAUUGGGGUUUGGAUGUGAAUGAAUUAGAACGAUCGAUAACUGAAGCACGAAAACACUGUAAUCCUAGAGCUAUUGUGGUUAUUAAUCCUGGCAAUCCAACUGGCCAAGUAUUAACCAGAGAGAAUGUGGUGGAUGUUAUUAAAUUUGCAUAUAAAGAAAAAUUGUUCUUACUCGCUGAUGAGGUAUAUCAAGAUAAUGUGUACGCUGAAGGAAGUACAUUUUAUUCAUUUAAGAAAGUAUUGACAGAAUUAGGAUCUCCUUAUAGUGAAAUGGAAUUAGCAUCAUUUAUGUCUUGUUCUAAAGGUUAUAUGGGAGAAUGUGGUUUAAGAGGUGGUUAUACAGAAGUAAUUAAUUUGGAUCCAGAGGUUAAAGCAAUGUUACUUAAAUCUGUAUCAGCUAUGUUAUGUCCUACAGUUCUUGGCCAAGCUGUAAUGGACUGUGUUGUAAAUCCACCACAGCCAGGUGAACCAUCAUAUGAGAGUUUUCAAAAUGAAAAAAAUAGUGUGCUAAAAUCAUUAGCAGAAAGAGCUAAAUUGGUGGCCGAUACAUUUAACAGUAUUCCUGGGAUGUCUUGCAAUCCAGUUCAAGGCGCUAUGUAUGCUUUUCCACAAUUUAAGUUACCCGAAAGAGCAAUCAAAGAAGCAAAAAAUCAAGGAAUUGAACCUAAUGCAUUUUAUGCAUUUCAACUUUUGGAAAAUACUGGAAUUUGCAUUGUACCUGGAUCUGGAUUUGGACAAGUUGAAGGAACUUAUCAUUUUAGAACCACUAUCCUACCUCAGCCGGAUAAAUUGAAAACUAUGUUGGAUAGUUUCAAAGAUUUUCAUUUAAAAUUUUUAGAACAAUGGGAAUAAUAUUUGUUAAAAGAAAAGUAUAGCAAUAAAUAAAUUAUUUAAGUAAUAAAUAAAUUAUUUAAGUAGAAAUAAAAUACCAAUUACUUUUCAAUUUUACAACUAAUAACAAAUGUAAGUAGUCUAUCUAAAAUGUAUGAUAAACUUACAGUAUUUUUAUAAUUUUACUUAUUUUCUUUUAGUCAGCUAUAAUAAUUGUGUAUUGCAGUUUACUAGGUAUAUAAUUUUUUCAUUUGCUAAUUAGAAUCGUUCCUACAUAAUUUAAACAAAACAAUAACUAUUCAUUUUUAAUUUGUUGCCAUUAACAUUUAAAGGAAAUGGAUAUUGUAUUUUAAAUUUAAAUUAUUUUUGUUUGUCCUGGACAUCAUUACCAUUUACCAAGACUGUUCAAAAUUAAAAAAAAAAGUUCCCGGUUUUUUAAACACUAUAAUUUUAGUUUUAAAGAUUACUACAAACUAUUUAUUUUGAUGUAAAAAUGUAUCCUUGUACUUAUAAAUGUUUCCAUCCUAGAUUUAAUUUUACACACAUCUGUUAAAUCAUAACUAGCAAUUUUUACAAACUGUUAAUUA